AAAGAUAGUAGCUGAAUGGUCAUACUGUCGUCACAAGUAAAUAAAAAUAAAAAACUUAAUUCACUAUAGAUUAAACAAAACUGACCAGAUUCGUGACAAUGUCAACCUACUACUUUGUUAUUGUUGGCCACAAUGAUAAUCCCAUAUUUGAGAAGGAAUUCAGCACAGUGAACAAGGAGCUGCGGAAGGAGGACCACAGGCACCUGAGCCAAUUUAUUGCCCAUGCCGCCCUGGACCUGGUGGACGAGCACAAAUGGAAGACGGCCAACAUGCAACUAAAGUCCAUCGAUAGAUUCAAUCAGUGGUUCGUCUCCGCCUUCAUCACGGCCAGUCAAAUCAGGUUCAUCAUCGUCCACGACAACAAAAAUGACGAGGGCAUCAAGAACUUCUUCAACGAGAUGUACGACACCUACAUCAAGCACUCCAUGAACGCCUUUUACCGGAUCAAUACGCCCAUCAAGUCGCCCAUGUUUGAAAAGAAGUCGGAGAUCUUUGGCCGAAAGUAUCUGUUAUCCUAAAUGUGUUGCAAGUUCUUAGCAAAUAAGUGUAAAUAUUAUUAAAUUUAGUGAAAACAGUAGUCAAAAAUACUCUGUUUCUGCCUUAAAACAGCCCCAUAAGUAAUAAGUAA